AUGAAGAGGUUCUUCACAAGGGGUAUCUCAAAAUAUCACUUUCACUCGAAGCUUAAGAAAUCUCAGCCUCAGAUAAUGGCAGGAAACAUUUCUAAUCCAAGUGGGAGCAAUGUUGUUAAUAUUUUGCUGAAUCGUGACUUCUCUGAUGGCCUCAACUCUUGGCAUCCCAAUUCUUGCAAUGCCUAUGUAAUUUCCGCUAAAGCAGGUAAUCAUGCUGGAAUUUCGAUAGAGCCGGAUCGUAAUUAUGCUGUUAUCACUGACCAGAAUGAAUGCUGGCAAGGUCUUGAGCAAAAUAUCACAGACAGAAUUUCGGUUGGUUCCAUUUACACGGUUUUGGCUUUUGUUGGAGUAUUUGGCUCUGGUCUUUCUCAUGAAUCUGCUGAUGUAAAAGCUACACUGAAACUAGAAUAUCAUGGUUCAGCUACACAAUAUUUGUUCAUUGGAAGUACUUCUGUUAUAAAGGGUAGCUGGGAAAAGUUGGAAGGAACAUUUUCACUAUCUACUAAGCCCGACCGAGUUAUAUUUUAUUUGGAAGGGCCCUGCUCCUGGAGUUGA